AUGACCGUCUCCUCAGCAAGCAGCGAGACUUCGACGAUUCGUAUGCGCUCACCUACACCUAUCACUACAAAGUCCAUAUCCACUCCACGACCUCUUGGUCGUUCACCCCAAGUCAACCCACGAAACUCACCCUCACGCUCCCCCACUAUCACGCACGCUCGCCCCCCGACGCCUAUACCCCUGCGUCCAUCGGCCCCACUCGCACUUCGCAAGCACAUCAAACUCCCGUCCAUCUCCUCGACACCCUCGCCAAGUCAGCCUCUGUCGCUGCCCUCCAAGCCCUCUGCGCCCAUGGCCCAAACUACGCUGCCACUGAGCCUACCUACAAAGCGAAAGGUCCUCCAUACUCGCAGUCGAUCAGAGGGACAAUCCAAACCCGUCAUCGACUACGCGACUCGCGCUCUUCCUCCUACACCCUCUGCGCCUUCUGUCGACACAAAGAAGGCACUCCCCGCGCCACCGACACCAGUCCUCACAGUAGCAAAGCGUCCGCCAGUGGAAGACUUUUCCAAUGGUCCCUCGAGUGCUUGGUUCGGCUUUGACGACGAACUGGACCACGAGCAAGAGCUCACUGUGACAGCCAGCCCAUCUGAGCUUCCUUGCUCUCCGUGUUCGCUCACCUUUGCUGAGUCCGACACAUCGUCGGUUCUCCCGGCUGCCAAGUCAAAGUCGAUACGUUGGGCCGAGAUUGCAGAGUUUCCUGAACAGCAAGUCUUGGUGAAUAUUCAUGGACUCCUGAGAACCCUGACGGAAGCGGACAGGUUGGAUGCCGAGAUUAGAGAGGCGUGCCAGAUCCUCUUGAAGCAUCUACCUCUCCCCGGUGUCGAGUCAGAGCGAAGAUAUACGUUGCAGGUGUCUCAAGGAGAACGGCUGGAGCAUGCGCUGAGGAUACUCGAUGGAGCGCUUUCUCGAGAAGUUGAACCCGCUGCCGUGAACAAGGCUCGGAAUACAAUAAAGAAGCUGGUUCCUAUAAUACAGCUUCGUUUCGCCACCAUUCCCUAUCACCGCGAUGUUCAGCGCCUCAAGUCUCAACGAGCACAAGUCAAAGAGGACCGUGCUCUCGUGCUGGUUCAGCUCGCCUUGCAAGAAGCCGAGAUCAAGCAGGCCCAAUUACGCCGCGAGACUGAACGCCGUCGAGAGUUUGAAGAGGCGGCCGCGCGCAAGUUGAAGCGCAAGCAGGAGAAGCUCAAGGAAAAAGAAGUCUACCUCGGGUAUCGAAAGAUGCUCGAAGAACGUUGCGAGGAGCUCAAGACGCUCAAUCAGAUGAUUGAAAAGGAGAAUGAGCGCCUCAGCCGCGCGAGGGAUGAACGCGAGAAGAAGAUUCAAGAAUAUGAUGAGAAAGUGGCGACUAGGCGCAUUCUCGGUGGCAGCCUGAGAGCCCGUCGCCCGGAGGGGAUCAAGUGCUGGAUCUAA